AUGAUGAACUCAGGAAAAGAAGAUAUUUUGAUUGUUGGUGGUGUCUCGCCUGGUUCCAAAAAGAGUGCUGAAAUAUUUUCAUUGAAGGAGAAGAAAUGGUGUAACAUUGCAUCAAUGGAAAAUAAACGCAGCUUUGCUUCAUCUUUUAUUUAUAAUGAUAAUUUAUUUGUUAUUGGAGGUGGUGGCUGCAUGUCGAUGGAGACAUUGAAUAUAAAACAGUCACCUUUGACAUGGAGGAAAUUUCCCACAGAGCUUCCUUAUGAAUGUCGCCUUCAUCAAACUGUUGUUUGUAAACAACGAAUCUUUGUCAUUGGAGGAUACAUUGUUGGCAAAGGAAAAUCAGAUUUGAUCAGUGAAGUAAAGAUUAUUGGUACAACAUCUCAUGUUUUAAAAGAGUUGUGUCGUAUGCCUGAACCACGGUGUUACCAUGGAGCUGUUGUUGUUGUUGACAAAGUUCUUAUUUUUGGAGGUUGGGGAAAAUAUAGCCAAGUUUUGUCCAGUGUUUUGGAAUUUGAUCCUAGGACUCUUACAUUUAAAGAAAUGCCUCCAUUACCUCAUCCAUUGACUGAAAUGGCUGCAGUUCAAUGGAGAGAUCAAGUUGUUCUUCUUGGAGGUUAUGAUGGAACAAAAUAUUUGAACAGUGUUAUCAUGUAUGACUGUGAUACAGGUAAGAUUACAGUCUUACCAUCCAUGUUGGAAAAGAGAUCCGGGUGUUGUGCAGUUAUAACUGUUGAUACAAUUAUUGUCAUGGGAGGUCUGAAUGAUAAAUGUGAAGUUCUUAAAUCAGUAGAGUGUUUCAAAAUGGGAACUAGUUCUUCAUGUACAUAUCUUCCUUUAAUGAAUGAACCACGAUAUGCUGCCAUUGCUGAAGUUUUACCUUUUGGGCAAAAUUACGUAUAAGCACAAAAUAUUCUGUAAAUAAUCAGAUCAUUAUAACUCACCGAAACUUUUUAAUAUUAAGUUGAACAGUGAAUAUUUAAAGUUAAAUAUGUAAACCUUCAAUGUUCUUAUAGCCUUUGAUUAUUAUAGUAAAUUACUGAAGAAAUAAAUGACUUUACUAUUUUAUUAAAGAC